AUGCCGGAGGAGGAAGAGGAGUAUGCGGAGGAGGAGGAAGAAGAGGAGCUUGAGAUGGAGAAGGUUGAGGUCGAGAGACCAAGAUUUUUUCAUGGGCCUCGAGUGCAACUCUGCACAGAUGACAAAGAACAGAAAGCCUGCUCCUCGCUUUGCUACAACACGGCAUGUGAUUUGGUUUUUGCAGCGCAGGAGACGGUGGUUCUGGCAUACUCUGGCGAAGAGCUUGUGACAAACUGCAAGGAUGCCGCCUCUUUUUCGAAAGUGACCACAUCACCUAAAUGUCGGAUAGAGACAGCAACUCCGCCUACAUUGGUCACUACCAAUGAGGAGGGCGCAGCUUGGCUCUGCAUCAUCACGGGUGGUGGUGGCGUGUCACUCUACUCUGUGGGUGAUCUGCAGAAAGGAACGGUCAAGGAGGUUUGCAGCUAUGCGCUUGACAGCGAAGACAUAUGCAUGGCUACAUGGAAGGAUGACGACUUGAUUUGUGUCUACAAAUCUGGUCGAGUUUAUUUGAUCCAACCGAAGCCCGGUGGCGGCCACAGCUCCUGCAUUUACGAGACCUCAGACUUCAUGCCAAGUUGCGUGACAGCUCUGCCGAGGUCGGACGUGGUGCUGCUGGGUGGCAAGCCUCAAGAGGAGCAGUCGAACCUUUGGGCUGUGGACUCACAAAUGGCAACUCCAUGGGCUGUCCAGUUGGAUGAAGUCCCAUCCUCCACAGAGGACAUGUUCUACUACGGCUGCCUUUGUUGUCUUCGGGUGGUGACGCGCCAAGAGUGGCAGGUUGGAGAUCCUUUUGACAUUGUCAUGAUGUACGUCACGGAUGCCGAAGAUCAAAAUGAUGCAUUCAACUUGCAGGCGGUGGUGUCUGUCGACCCCGACUGUGCAAGCGCCACGGUCAAAGCGUUCACCACGUACGAGAUCUUCAUGGAACAGUAUGUUGAGCAAAUGUUCUUGCACAGCUUGUGGAUUCCCGACUGGUCCAUUCUAAUCAUGGGUGUCACUGCGGCCACAGACCUUUUGCUGCUGAGCAGUCACGAUUCGCUUGGUUCGCAGCUUGGCUGGGCCCCGCUGGGACUGCCUGAGGGAAAGCAGCUGAACUGCCCAAAUUCGGUGGUGGAUUCGGACACCACCAAGCUGCGAGGGCUGUGUCUCGUGACCAGCUUCAAAGGCACAAUUCCAAGGAAAGAGACCACGGAGCCCGACAUGGAAGCACCACCAGUGGUGCUGCUUGCUGCGUCUGAUGGGACUGUGAGCAUUCACUAUUGUGACCAUGAUUUGCCCCCGCCACAGCAUUCUCCGCUUCUGGGAAAGCCAGGUGUCUCGAAAGCUGCCAUGGCCUCAUCGCCCUUUGCAGCAACUGGGACCUCUUCAUCGCCUUUCCAGGCCACGUCAAAAGCACCUGCCAUGUCACCCUUUGGCGGAGGGAGCUCUUCAUCUGGAGGGCUUUUUGGCAGUGCUUCUGCAGCCUCGCCAUUUGCAAGCCUUGGGUCUGGCGAGAAAGAUGCUAAGGGUACACCUUUCCAGGCUUCAACUUUGGCAGGGACACCCUUUGGAGGCGCAGCCAAGGCAAAUUACUCCAGCCGCAUCGCCCUUUGCAAGUGGGUCUCAGGGGUCGACGACGUCACCAUUCCAAGCGAAGGCAGCACCAUCGGAACCCACAGGAGCUGGCUCACUCUUUGGUUCAAGUGCAACACAGGCCGAAGAGUACUUUGCCAUUUGGUUGGGAAGCUCAAGUUCUCCUUUUGCAAGUGGCGCAACAUCUCCUUUUCAGGUUGGUCCUUCUUCGAGCAGCGCAGGAAAUGCUCUCUUCGGAGCAAGUGGAGGGCAAUCUGA